GUUGUAGGAGAAUAGCUUUCACUCAGGUGUUCGGGUAUGAUAAUGGGCCAGCCAGGCCAGGCCAGGUAACUCGAGACGAGCCUCGCUCACGGUCCCGUUACCAUGGAACCCCAGGGGACGGCAGCCUGCACCGCCACACAGCUGUGUGGAAUUCCGGCUACACAUUCCGACGAACCAACGACCUCUCUGCCUAUAUGGCGUAACCAUAACUUUAACUCACUAUCAAGGAAUUUUGAUGUUGAGAGGAACAUAUCCUAUUGGAAUUGGGGCGAUUCCUACAAUCCGUGGAAUCGGUGUGAGGCUUUUGGGGAACCAUGUCAGUCCGCCUGACGGUUGGGUGAUGUGAAAUAUUGAUGGCGUAAGAGGUGCUCUCCCACUGCAAAUACGCACAUACUAACACAACAGCAUCCUGGGGACCCAUGUAUAGCGCAAUAAUAGAAGAUGCCAAAAACGGAGUCCAAACACAAUAUGGAAACGCAGGCUGACACACCUACCCCUUACACCUGUGUGAGCAGCUAAAUGAGCGCACCUACCUACCCAUGCUCACGUUCGGCCCCUCCAACUCCUCCUCCACCGCCUUCACCCUGCUGCCCGCCCUGCCUCUGGAGCAGGAGGAGCCCACCCCGGCAGGCGAGCGGGCAGGCUCUCAGGGCCGGGAGGUGCCCGUGCACCGGGAGCUGUGGUUCAUGGUGGUGAUGGCGGGGGUGGCCCUGGUGCUGCUGGGCAUCGCCCUGGGCCUGUUGCUGCACCGCACUGUCAGUCGCCAGCAGCCCCCCCUGGAGAGGGUGCGGCCCCCCCUGGAGUCCCUGCCCCUGGAGAAGAGGGGGCCCAAGGCCGUGUCCACACCCAGCAACUCCUACCUGUUUGACACAGUGCCAGACACCACGGCCGCCUCCAACUUUGUGACCCUCAAAGGCUUCACCCUUCAUCGUGAGGAAAUGGUCGACAGAAAAGUUGUGGAGGAAGAAGGUGGCAUUGUCACUGUGUCCAGCCUGCAUCUUUCGACACUCAACGCCCAGUCCCCAAAUUCCUUGCACAGAAGCAUCAGCGAGGUCAUAGACACGAAAAGCCAGGAGGAGGGGAAGGAAGAGCCAUGGGAACGCCAAAAGCGAUAUGACAGUGGAAUGUUCAUGGAGGACGAGGAGUUUGUGGAUACCAUCAAAGGCUUCAGCACGGUCAGGAAAGAGCACACCAUGUUCACAGAUACCAAUCUGUAGCGGAACGGAAGUGCGUGCUUUGCUUUUAGGACUGGACGGACUUGGGGGACACAUGACACCGGCAGAACAGUUGGUUGUGGCCUGCGGGGACCUCUGUGGAAAAAGAACCGCUGCAACGGAACAUGACCAGGGCUGGACUGGAGCAAAAAGUUAGGGCGGGCAUUUCCAAACCAGACCGGGCCGCUGCCACUGUAAUUUGUAUAAAUGGAUGCAACGCUGUUUGUGAAAUACUUUGCAUGGGUGGUUUGAUGGGUCAUUAUUUUAUAGAGUAACCACCCCACAGCAUUCCUGAACUAAUGCUCAGUGGAACAGUCAAAAUGCUAUACCGUUUCAGAGAAGCUUGAAGUAACUGACCACUAUUAGUAGGAGGACAGGGCAAAAAUCAUCAACAGGCCACCGGUCAAAUGCCCUGUAUGCAUUAUGGCCAAUUAAGCAGUGAAUAUGACAUUGGCCCAGGGCUAGACUGGGACCACACAAAGGCCCCAGCAUUUUUUGCGCAGCUCCUUCAAAAUUGGUCUCCAGUCUCUAAGAAAAUAUAAAAAACCCUCAAAGAAACAAUGGCAUCGGCCCCUGAGGACUGUCGGCCAUCGGGGAAAUGCCCGGUAUGCUAGAUUACCAUGCACGGGUCUGGGACUGCCAGUGCAAUAGGUGCACAGCAGAUCAUUGAACAGCCAUGACCGUUCAAGAGACAGUCUCAUUCACCCUGGAUCUUUCGCAUUUAUAAAAAUGUUUCAAUAAGUUGGAUAUUUUUUUGGAUAAUGUUCAAAUGUCUUCUUUCA